AUGUCAUCCUCCCAUGAGAAAAUUCUCACAGAAAGCCUCCAAGAGGUUGAAAAAAAAUAUCUCGAACGCUGCGCCAAACACGACACUGGGAUCCGUCCGAGGUUCAGGAUGUCCUGUCGCCCAAUUGCACCAUGUCUCGCUCAACAAGCACGCCGUAGAACUCGCCGUCAGCCUGCUGCUAAAAAGACAGAAGCUCAGGCUAACCCGAAGCCUAUCGUUAAGGGAGAGUCUAGCAACCCUGGAAAAGGCGGGAAUAAAAUCAAAAAGACUAAGAAUAAAUCUACAUGUAAGGCUACCGCUGUUGAGGGGGCUAAAGUGCUCGAGAACGCAGACCCUGCUAAAUUGAAGGAUUGA